GGCCCCGCCGCUGCAGCUUCCGCUCUUGUCCAACUGCGUUCGUCAGCGGCAAGAGCCGCCCUUUGACCCCGCGUGUCCUUGGCUCCGGCGACUUCCGGCGAGAGGAGCCGGUCGGUGGAGAAUGGCCCGGUACCUCGCUCAGAUCAUCGUGGUGGGCGCCCAGGUGGUGGCGAGAGCGUUUGCCCGAGCGCUGCGCCAGGAGUUUGCCGCCAGCCAGGCAGCGGCGGAGACCCGGGGACGAGCUGGGCAACAGUCUGCCGCAGCCUCCAGCAUCUCAGGCUUGUCGCUGCAGGAGGCCCAACAGAUACUCAACGUGGACAAGCUCAGCGCAGAGGAGAUCCAGCAGAAUUACGAGCAUUUGUUCAAGGUCAAUGAUAAAUCUGUGGGUGGAUCGUUUUAUCUGCAAUCCAAGGUGGUCAGAGCAAAGGAAAGGCUCGAAGAGGAGCUGCACAUCAAAGCAAUGGAGCAGGAGAGGAAGGAACAGACCAAGCGGUCAGAGACAUGACCCUCGGAUAUCUCCCCCCCCCCCCCCCACGGGCCACCUGUGGUUUGCUUCAUUACUGUGUAACUUCCACUGGAUAUCCAGUGGUCUUUGCUCAGUCCCAUGUUGACUGAAGGACUUGGAUCUCACUCGCUUCCCUGAACUUGCUGGACACCUGUGAAUACUUGCUGCGUGGAUGAAAUACUUUGUGAUGCAACAUCGCUGUUAAUCCAACUGCUGGUCUGUUCCACUCCCACAGCCAUUUUAGGUAGAAAUAUUACUAAUUGGACUCUUCCGUUAUGUUACUUAGACUGGGUCAGUGUUUCCAAUGGGAAGUGGAUGCAGAUGAGAUCAUGUCAACCUUCAGUCAUCUUCAGCUAAUAAAGCAAAGCCCUGGGUUUGAACCAUUGUAAACAGAAUUGCCAACUCAAGGGUGUAUCACAGCGAGACCCUGGACAAUGAUGGUGAGCAAAACUGUCUACCUUGUGGAAUAUCAUCUUGCAAAAUUCUGUCAUUGUAACUUAAUUGUAAAUAAAAUUCUAUUUCCAAAAUUUA